AUGUCCCAAAGAAGUAAAAGGGAAGAUGAUGGGAAUGUUAGAUAUGUAACACUUGGGUGCGCUCAUGGCUGUAAGGCAAGAAAACGUAAUACCAACAUUUCUAAACCACGCCUGACAACGAAGAUUGAUUGUAAGGCGAGAAUUAAUGCAGUUUUGGUUGAUGGUGUCUUACGUAUAACUAUUGUCUGCAAUGCACAUAACCAUGGGUUAAGUCAACAAAAGGCAAGAUUUUUUAGAUGUAAUCGCGCAAUUGAUGAUUCUGUGAAGAGGCAGUUAGAUAUUAACGACAAGCCAGGCAUAGGUAUGGCCAAAAGUUUUAACGCAUUGGUUGUCGAGGCUGGUAGUUUUAAGAAACUUCCAUUUAUUGAAAAAGAUGCAAGGAAUUAUAUAGACAAGGCUCGACACCUUAGACUUAGCAAAGGAGGUGCUGAUGUACUUUGUGGUUAUUUUGAGAUGGUGCAGUAUAAGAAUGAUGGGUUUUACUCAUUGAUGGAUUUGGAUGAUGAGGGUCGAUUAAAGAAUGUCUUUUGGGCUGAUGCACACAGCAAAGCAGCAUAUGAUUAUUUUGGGGAUGUUGUGACAUUUGAUACAACAUACCUAACAAAUAGAUAUGGCAUGUCAUUUGCUCCAUUUGUUGAUGUUAACCACCAUGGACAGUCAAUACUUUUGGGAGCAAGUUUGAUAUCAAGUGAAAAUACUGAAACAUUUGUUUGGUUAUUUGACACUUGGUUGAAAUGUAUGGAUGAGAGGGCGCCAAAAGCUAUCAUCAUUGAUCAAGACAGGGCCAUGAAAAAUGCUAUUGCAAUAGUAUUUCCAAAUACCCGACAUAGAUACUGUUUGUGGCACAUAAUGAGAAAACUACCAGAGAAGUUGGGCUCACAUGCUGAAUUUAAGUGUGGGUUAAAAAGUGCAUUGCAGAGAUGUGUUUAUGAUUCUCAAACUUCUGACGAGUUUGAGAAGUCUUGGGAGGUGUUUAUUGACACUUACAAUUUGAAGGAAAAUGCAUGA